GCUACUCGUCAACAGCAGUGGCUGCAGGAGCUGAAAAAGAGGCGGACAGCUGGUCCGCACAAUGAAAAAUAGCACCCCCUCAAGUACAGGUUUUACAUUUUUUCAUGUUUAAAUUAACACGGGUACUUAAAUACUGUGUUAGGUGUGUUGUGUAGCCGUGACUCAUUAGAAGAAAACAUCCCCAAGGAGCGAGGAUGUUGGUCCCCGCGGGAAGAUAAUGAAGAGACUGCGCGUUUUGUUGGUGUGCCUCAUUGUAGCUCUCCUGUGCUGGUACCCGAGUCAACAUGUAUAUUGUUCAGAGCAGAGCUCGUCUGGCCCAGGUCAGUCUCGACAGGAGAAAGAUCCUGACGGCCUCGAGCAGGAGCAGGACUCCACUCAAAACAAGGUGGUGGAAGAAUGGAAGACACACACAUCAUACGAUAUGGGGCUAGAGACAGAGAGAGCGACACGAGAGAAACAACAAAAGCAGAGCAUAAACCAUGAAGAGACUGUGAAGCCACAAGAAGCUGGGGUGGAGGAAACAAAGCUAGACCCAGAGUCAGAUACUGUACCUGUUGCUCCUGAGCCAGAACCUACCCCAGAUCCCCAGGCUGACUUGACUCUGCAGACUCAAACACAGGACCAUGACCAUGAAGUCCCGAUGCUCCCCACUCCAGAAUCAUUUCCAGCACAGGGCCAAGUGUCCACAGAUGCCCCAGCAGAGACCUCAAGUGAGGCGCACGCUGCAUUUCCCAGUCUAGACUCGAACCCAGACACAUCCCCAGAUGAAGCUGAAAACAAACCUACCUCACAGAAUGCUGGACCGACCCACACAGGUGCAGUACGCGUUGCCAGUGCAGGAGAUGAAUUCCCAGUAGACAGCUUUGUCUUUGCUGAGCACUCUGAUUCACAGUACGGGGUCAUUGCCCCCGAAUUGGCAACCUGUGAAAACUCCCCUUUUGGCAGCCCUCUCCUCAGUGUGGAUGAGGCUGCCACAGAGGACCAGCAAUCAGAUCAGAGGCACAUUUCUGAUCUUGAAACAGAAAUUCAGUCCACUCCAGGCUUAGUGGACCAGGAACAACAGCAGCGUGAGGUGCUGGAAGAUGGGCUUCCUGUUUCGAACCACGCAGGCAACACGUCACACCACCACCAACAACAGCAGAAAGGAGAAACCAAUAUCGCCAGGGAGACUGAUCCCUCUGUGCCCAGGAAAGAGGACAUCCCCACCUUCGAUGAGUGGAAGAAGCAAGUCAUGGAGGUGGAGAAGGAGAAAAGUCAGUCUCUCCAUACCUCAACCAGCGGCAGUCCCCAUCCUACCAAGAAGGUCCAGAAAAACUUUAAGAAUAAUUACGCUUCUGUGGAGUGUGGAGCCAAGAUACUCUCUGCCAACAGCGAGGCCAAGAGCACAUCUGCUAUUCUCAUGGAAAAUAUGGAUUUAUACAUGCUAAAUCCAUGCAGCAACAAAAUCUGGUUUGUGAUAGAGCUCUGUGAGCCUAUUCAAGUGAAGCAGCUGGACAUAGCAAACUUUGAGCUUUUUUCAUCUACACCCAAAGACUUUCUGGUUUCCAUCAGUGACAGAUAUCCCACCAACAAGUGGGUAAAGCUGGGAACUUUCCAUGCCCGUGAUGAGCGCAUAGUCCAGAGCUUCCCACUGGAUGAACAGCUUUAUGCUAAAUAUGUGAAGAUGUUCAUCAAGUACAUAAAGGUUGAACUCCUCUCUCACUUUGGAUCAGAGCACUUUUGUCCCCUCAGUCUCAUCAGGGUGUUUGGUACCAGCAUGGUGGAGGAGUAUGAGGAGAUAGCAGAUUCUCAGUACCCCUCAGAGAGACUCGAGUAUUUGGAUGAGGACUAUGACUAUCCUCCUGGCUACCAACCAACAGAAGACAAGGCCUCUAAAAACCUGCUUGGUUCAGCAACCAAUGCCAUCCUGAACAUGGUAAACAACAUAGCUGCUAAUGUGCUGGGAGGAAAGUCAGAGCUGGAGGGUGGAGCAGAAACGGGAGGUAACACUACCACAGAGGGGAUUGAAAAAGAGAGCACAGAUUCUACUGCUAAACCAGCUGAUGGCCCACACACAGUACUGGAGCCUUCAAAGCCAGAACAGCAUGCAGCUGAUGAGGACUCUGUCUCCAGUGACUCCUCCACAUCUUCCCACUCGUCAUCUGAUCCCCAUAAGGAUCGACAGAUUGUCACUCUGGUAGAGGAAGAGGACGAGGAUGAGGAGCCCAGACUGUCAACUGUUACUCUAAUGGAAGAGGAGGGAGAGGAAGAAGGGGAAAAGAACGAGGAGGAGAUGAGGAAGGAGGCAGACAGGAACCAGUGGGGGAGCCAGACAUAUUGUCCUUUCUUCUCCUCUUCCUCCCUCUCUCUGUCCUGCAUAGUCACGUUGCCUGAGCUCCUCCAUCGCUGGUGCUCUGCAAGGCUGGCCAAGGAGAGACUGCGCAGCCUUAAGAGGAGGCAGAUUAGCACUCAAACACAGACUCACCCUGCUGUGAACGCACCUGUCCUCACACACACCCCUCCAGUUAUUUCUGUUCCCACCCCAACACCUACCCAAGAAACCCUUCCUCUCACAGAAAAGGCUCCAGAGCUGGAGGUGCGUGAAAAGGGCCAGAAUGAGUGCAAAGGUCUCGAUGAGGCAUACACUACUGACACAACUCUCAGCACUCACACACCUGAUUCUUACACUCCAGAGCUCAAAAUCCUCCUAGAGCCCAGUAGAACCGCCACCAUCCCCCCUCAGAGUUUCUCAGACAUCCACAGCUCCCUAACACAGCCUACGCCAACCCAUGAGGAAAACCUGUUACCUUUAGCUAAAGAUGCAACCCAAGACCCUGUUUCCACUUCACCCCUCCAAGCUGUGUCUAUCCCAAAGACACAGCACGCCAGCAGUGUCACCCCCACUCUUUCUGUUAGUACACCCCCAUUGCCUCUGUUUUCUGAGACAGCCUCUCCAAUUGUUGUGGUUCCCCCUGUUAAAGAUCAGCCUACUCAGACUCUGCCCACUGCUUCAAGACCUGAGGAUUUUAUCUCCCCUCCCACUGAGCUGCCACCAGCUUUACCAUCAAAUGACAUUCACACAGACACGUUUAAGUCAAGUGCAGACAGUGGGGACUCACAGAGGCAAAAUGUACAGGCUUCUCAGAACCAAGCAGAGCAGGGGGAUUCUCUUCCUCAGACAGGAGACCCUCAUCGGGUGGAAGACACAGUGGAAGAGGACCUGCUGAGUACUAGUGGGAAUGGCAAUGCCCAGCGGACAGCUACAGACUUCUAUGCAGAGCUGCAGAGCGGUGGAGAUUAUAAUGGUGGAGCAGUGAAUGGGAACAGCGUGUCAUUGAAUGGGGGAGCAGUCCACGGGUCCAGCCAGAAGGAGAGUGUGUUCAUGAGGCUGAACAACAGGAUCAAAGCUCUGGAGAUGAACAUGAGUCUGUCCAGCAGAUACCUGGAGGAACUCAGCCAGAGGUACCGUAAACAGAUGGAAGAGAUGCAGAAAGCAUUCAAUAAGACCAUCAUCAAACUGCAGAACACCUCCCGUAUUGCAGAGGAACAGGACCAGAAGCAGACUGAGUCCAUCCAGGUCCUGCAGAGCCAACUGGAAAACGUCACUAAACUGAUGCUCAAUCUCACAGCUACAGUCAGCGAGUUGCAGAGAGAGGUAUCUGACCGUCAGAGCUACCUGGUGGUCUCUCUGGUUCUGUGUCUAUUUCUGGGGCUUCUGCUGUGUCUGCAGUGCUGCCGCAGCUCAACUGCCAGCCCUAAAACCAACUCUACCGCUCUUCCCAAGAGCAACCACUACCCCAGCCCCAAGAGAUGCUUCUCCUCUUACGAUGAUAUGAGCCUGAAGCGCAGGGUGACCUGCCCACUUGUUCGCUCGAAAUCAUUUCACCUGUGCUCUACAGAAGUAGGUCCAGAUGACUUGUACAUUGUAGAACCUCUAAGGUUUUCUCCAGAGAAAAAGAAAAAACGCUGCAAGACAAAGUCUUUGGACAAAGUUGAGACUCUGAAGGCAUUCGAUCCCUCUGCUCCCUUCACCAACGGGGAUCCCAAGUGUAACGGCUUUCACCCAUGUCUCCCCGCUUUGCCAUCCUCAACGCAUCCCCUGCCUCUUCCUCCUCCUCCUCCACCUCCUCCUCCCUUGCCCCCUCCCCCUUCGUCUCCCCAGGAGAGGCUGGCAUUGCCCCCUUCCACCUCCAAGGAGCUCCCCUCAUUCCCCUCAGAGACUAGCAGCUGUAGCUCAUCCACCCAUUCUGAGGAGUCAUACACUAGCCGCCUCCCUCCUCCCUCUCCCAUCUUCCCUGCUGCUGGCAUGUGCAAUGGCCACGGCCUUUCUUUCCCCCUCAGCCAGCCACCUGCUAAGUCCCGUCAGGAGAAGCGCUCAAUGAAGCGACGGAAGUCUCGACAGACGGAGCUGCAGUUCCCCCACAUGCCAGGGGGGAGCGUUGGUUCGCUGCCCAGCCUGCAGCAGCUUAUGAAGGGAAACAAAGAGAUAAGUGUCGGGACCAUCGGGGUGACAGCCGUCACCGGACAUGUUUGAAUCCUCACACGUCACCUUUACGCAACUAUCUGUUCACACCUGUACACACACUACACAGUAGCAAACUUGUGAGGAGAAGAGGUCUCGCCACAUCCCAAAGAACCACAUUUCCCAUGAACACCCAUGAGCACCAUGGAAUUGAAGUGGCUAUGGCAGCAGUAGCUCAGCAUCAUUCAGUCCUUCUUCACUCCUGUCAAACACCUGUUUACGGUUAUGUGCCUUUAUAUCUGUUCUAGACCUUUGAAUUCUAAAAACAUGAAAUUUAAAGAUUUUUUGACGUGCACAAAAAGACACUGUGAUAGGAAGUGAAACAUCAGUACGAGUCAAAACUAUUGAAGUGUGUUUGAGAGAUUUUUUUUCUUUUUUUCUUUUCUACUGGAUAAGCACAUUGACCCAUGAAAACUGAGCACCAGUGAAUUUUUUCCCCCCACUCUGAGCACAGUGAGGAGAGGUGCUGGCCUCCACUCGACGUUCCCAGAAGAAGUAUUAGGCUGCUGUUUGGGAUGAAAUGUGCCAUUAUGAGAGGACUGUGGAGCAUGACAAAUGGCUUCUUAUAUCCUUAUUUCCUCCUGUGUUUCAUUACCAUCAUUUAAUCUUUUCCAUCUCGUCUUAGUCUCGAAACGAUGUUUCUUUGGGACCAGAGUGUUAAACUGUCUCAUUCUCGCCUUCUGUCUCUGUCCGUUUGUUCCAAACCAACCAUCAGAGCUGAAUGAAGAAAAUAAUUCUGACUUGUGUGAAUGUCUGCGUGGAUGCAUUUGCCCUUUUUAGUUUAGCGUUUUAAUUAACCUCAUGAAGCAAAUACAGUAGCAGCAGUCCUCCUGUAGGUCCUUUUUAGACCCUGCUCAGUUAGUUUGGGCUGGGCCCAAAAACACUGUUCAGAGCCUGUGAAGCAAAGUGAUGCUGUCACAUUGGAUUUUGUAACUGUGAUGAAGGUAAACAGAGCAGAGGCAAGCGGCUGUAUUAUAUUCUGUUUCAAUACUUACUUUAUAUUUCUUUCAUUUGUAACUGAGCCGUGUUCCACGCUUAUCAUUGCUAGUUUGGUUUGUUUGAAUUACUGUCAGAGCCAGUGUUGGGGGGACAGUGUUUCCUGUUAAGGGCACAGUUUACUGUAGGGUAACAUUGGGUAACAGUGCAGAAUGUUUACACACACACACACCAUUUCCUGGACCCUGCGGAUGAGUCUGACUGAUCAGUUUUAUUUAUCUAUUUAUUUAUUUAAAUGAUCAGAGAUUUUUCUAACCUAAAUGCUGGUUUGCCAGUCUCCCAAUCUUGCAGCGUCACAGUAGAUCAAUGCAAGUAUGUUACACAGAAUUAUUGCUCAAUGGUACCGACACAUACAGUCAUGGUGGAUGGCUCAAACACGUAUUUGCUUUCUUUCUUAUUUUAUCUUAGGUUAUGACAGCUAAUUAUGUUUGCCUCAGCCUGAAAUACCAGAUAGCAGUCAUUAUUUUUUAUCAGGCAGAAUAAUCAUUAAAGGCUACGUGUAUAUUAGGAACACCACGCUGCUGCUUCUGCAUAUGCUCCGAGCUGCUGGAUAGUUGUAAAUGGUAGAAAAGGGCUACAAUGAUGAGUGUAGAGCUGUCCCGGCUUCUGUCUGCUUUUUUCAGUAUUGUUGCUGGAUUGGCUAACUGAUUUUAUAUUACCCCGCCUGUUUUGUUAAUAAAUAAUAAAUGUAAUGAUAACAUUCAUUAUUUUAAACACUGCAGGCAGUUGUAGGUGUAAAAGGAGAUUAUUCAUUUUUGUUUGCUUUUAAAGAAUAAAAUUAAUGUGCCCCCUCUCCUAUUUCUGCAAUUUCUGAGAGGUUCUGCAUGGUUGGUGUUGUGCAUUUUGACAGUCAGAACUUUUUUUCUAAUGCUAAUAUAAGAGUGUCAUUAACUCUUCUGACCAGCUUCUCCUGCUCUUCUUUCCUUACAUGUCUUUAUCCAGAAGGGUCACCUCUGACCCCCUCUGCACGACCUCUCUCUGUGACUGUGAAGAAAACUUUAAAUAUGCCUGCUCUGUCGUGUUCAUUCUGCUGGCCUGCUUUUCUGUCCAGCGUAUUUUUCCAUGCCUCCUUACUUUGGACACUCCUUUUUAGUCUUUUAUUCACUCGUCAUCGCUCUUCGACGUCAUGCGUUUGCCCCACAUUGAAUGACAGCGGUGGUUUGAGAGGAUGAAAUGAAUUGUUGCUAAAUAAAGGGAACGCAGUAAAGAUUAAUCCAGUUCAGAACACCAUUAAUGUGAUUGUGUAUGUUCCACAAGCCGAGCAAAUCCAGAGGUUUUUUUUUUUGUUUUUAAAAUGUGUGUGUGUGUGUGUGUGUGUGUGUGUGUGUGUGUGUGUGUGUGUGUGUGUGUGUGUAAACCUGCACGCAUGUGAGAUUAUUUUUUUUUUGGCAUGUGUGUGUUUCUGUGUUACGAGAGACUACUUUAAAUCAAUUUAAACCCAUAACACAGCAAACAAUGAGAAAGCACUUGGAGAGAAAUUAUAAAUGGACAGUGUGCACUUUGUAUGACUCUUUAUGCCUUUUUGUUUUUCUACCUUUUCUGUCAAGUGCUAUCUUCUCUCUCUCUGUCUUUCUCGCCCUUUUUGUCUCUGAGUACUCUGAAGAGCUGCACAGUAUUUUGAGCAGGAGUGAGUUACUACAAAAACUGUAGUGCCAUUAGAAACUGUGAAUUCUUUCUAAAUAAAACUUUUUUUUUUGUUGUCUUUCA